CCUCCAUUAUCGCUCCCUCUCUCUCUUCCAAUCACUCCCUCUCUCAGGAUCGUAUCCGGCCUCUCCCACUGCAGUCUCUCUCCACCGGUCUCUGACCUUCAGCAGCCUGGGACCAUGCAAGCCUGCCUGCCCAGGUCCUAUCUAACCCCAGUGAGAGAUGAGGAGGCAGAGUCUCAGAGGAAGGCCAGAUCCCGCCAAGCCAGGCAAACCCGCAGAUCCACACAGGGUGUGACCCUGGCUGAACUGAAGGAAGCUCAGAGGACCAACAGCCUGUCUCCCCUGGACAGAGACAGACAGACAGCAGAUGGACAUAGCAGACUGACUGACAGGUCCUGUCUGCGGGGGAAAUGGGCUGCAGGGGACAGAGGAGAGACCAGGACCAAACUGGCUCAGUCUAUGGAGACAGAGGAUCACAGUCCCACAUGGAGCAGGGAGAUAGAUGAGCUCGGAAAUCAUAGAUCAAGGCUGGGGACCAUGGAGGCAGAAUAUUCCUCUGCUAGUGGGCACUAUACCAGCCUGGCCAACCGCACAUCCUCCAGAGUUGUUGAAUGGAAAGAUGAAAACCAGAACCCAAUUGAGGAUCCCUCCAAACAUGUCCUCUCCACAAGAGAGAAACAAGUUCGAUUCUGUGACCAAGAGUCAGAUGAAGCCUACCAGAAUUUGGAGAGUGUGGAGAUGUCAUCUAUGUACCCCCGCACCAAGGAGCUGUCCAGGACUAGGAAGUCUCUGUCCGACUCACCACCCUCUUCACCCUCUCCUACCGCCAAGAACUUCAGACAUGACAGGGCAUCAAGGUUGGACUCUGGUGGUGGGGACAGCAGGGAUGAACCUCUGGGCAGAACCAGCUCCUACACACGCAGGGAAACCAGAUUGGCAGCGCUGAACAAGCAUGAGGACGACACCAGCUCCAGGGAUUACAAGAAGAUGUAUGAAGAUGCUUUGGCAGAGAAUGACAAGCUCAAGUCCCGGCUGGAUGAUAGCAAACAGGAGCUGACCAAGAUACGCACCCAGCUGGACAAAGUCACCCAGAAACAGGACAGAGUAUCUGAAAGAUCCACUGUACUUGAAUCAGAGAAAAGGGAAAAACAGGCUCUGGAGAAGAGGGUAAUGGACAUGGAGGAAGAGCUCAAGGUCUUGACAGAGCUUAAAUCAGACAACCAGAGACUGAAGGACGAGAAUGGGGCUCUGAUCCGUGUCAUCAGCAAGCUGUCCAAGUAAGAGGUUGGAAGCCUCUGUCCAAAGUCAUAGUAUACUUCCUUCAAGCUUGCAAUGUGUGUCACUAUCAUUGGCCUUCGGCACCCUCCCACCCUGAGACUGUACCAUGGUGCUCAGUGACACUUACCUGCCAACUGUUCUCAGAGGCAUGGUGAGGAACCGUCAAAUUCCUGAUGACCCCUGGCCUACUAUGACUCCAUGUUCAUUGGCUCACUUCAUACCAGGAGGUCAAAGUGGGGAGGAGAACACACAGCGUUGGCUCAAAGAGGGUGUUGAUCUGGGGUACAGUAAACUCCGAAGCUCCAGGCCAGAAAUCUCUAAUCAAUAUCACAUCCACAUAUUUGACCUAUACAUCACAAACAUAUGUUGAUUUUGUGCUUCAGUGUGCACUGCAGAAAAAAACGACUGAAAAAACAAUCACAGGUAUAACUGGUAUGACAUUGAUAACAUUACACAUUGUCAGUUGUUAUGAGGUGUUUAUAUCAUUAGUCUUUAUGGUUUGUAGUUCAAUUGAAGUCCAAAUUUCCAUCACAGACCAUUUUCUCUGAGCUGCUCAUGAACCUUUUCCUGCUUUGAUUUUAGUGUGGUGUACUGUAUCAUGGUCUCUGGCGAGACAGAUGUUACAUUUGUUGGAUAUUUUUAUAUAAUUUAUGAAUUUUUUCCCUCAAAUAUUUAUACUUAUACUCAACCAUAUUUUUACCAAUAUAUUAUUAAUAUGUAUCCUCUUUAAGCAUUUUAGGAAACACUACCAUUAGUCCACAUAGUGCCUCACGCUAUGAGAUGGACAGCAUUUUAUUAUUUUUUCAGGUGAAACCUGUACAUGAUUUGUAAUGCAGAUAGUACAGGGCACAACACAGGGCCUCUUUAUCACAGGACGUCGGUGGCACCUUAAUUGGGGAGGACGGUCUCGUGGUAAUGAGCAGAAUCAGUAGGAAUGUUAUCAAAUACAUCAAACACUACACUCCAUUCCAGCCAUGAGACCGUCCUCCCCAAUUAAGGUGCCACCGACGUCCUGUGAUAAAGAGGCCCUGUGUUGUGCCCUGUGCUAUAACGUGAGGCACUAACAUGAGACACUUUAUGUAUACUACAUGUGCCUUUCCUGAAAGAACAAUACAGCUAUCUGUCUACACAUGUACUGUAAGUAUAUUUGAAGACAGUAUCUUACGUUGAAACAACUUUACCAUGUAUGUAUUAUAAGAGAGCGAAAAAGACUGAAAUGCUACUUGUACAUGUCUGUGGUUUGAUCACUUGCUCAAUAAACUGUAGAUGGUUAAA